UGGAGACCUUAUAAUUACAUCUGAUCCUUGAUUCAUUUAUUCUCCUGCACACUAAAGAAUGGUAUAGAUAUUUCCCGCACUGUCAGACCGUGGACAUUUGGCUCAGCUGCGUGAACAAUACUCCAAACAAUGAACCUCCGAACUGAGACACUGGAUCUGUAACUCUCAGCCGCCUUAGUCCUGCUCGCCUCGCCACUGCCGCGUGGUUACGUCAAGACAGCGGGCGGCCGCGUACUAGUUUCCUUAGGACUUGUGCGUCCGUGUCAAUACCGUGUGCUGUAAACUUCUGAACGAACUGAGAUACUCAUUCAGUUUUGGUCGCCUCUCCAUUAUCUCGUGGUGACGUAAAGGUGACGGCCCGUGUGUUAGUUUCCCCAGUAAUUGUGCCUCCGUAACAUUACUGUGUGCAGUGGUCGUGAGAACUGCGAGGCGGCGGUGUAGACUGUGCCGUGGAGAGCCGCGGGGUGUUGGAAUCGCCUGUCAGUCACCUUGAAGGCGUCAUAUUCCCUCCCUGCUCUUCCCCGUGUCUUCCUGUCGAUGUUGACAGGACCUGCGGGAGGGUGAAGAGCGCAAGGAGUUGACUGAUCCCAGCAUGUGGACGUGCCUGAAGCCUGACCCGAGCGGGGCGCGUCUCACUCUUGACCCAGCGCAAGGCUCCGACACCGCCACCUACAAGUGCCGGGUGGACUUUGAAAUGUCGUCCACCCGCUCCACCCUCGUCACCCUCACUGUGUACGUCGUGCCGUCGUGCCUGGUGCUCCUGGACACUGGAUGGAGUCCUGUCCACGGCGGGGUGUUGAGGUCACUGAUCGAGGGUGACCCGCUGACCCUGCAGUGCACCGCAUCGGGGGGUAACUCCCGCCUCCAGCACCACCGCCAUAUACCCGCCUCGCUCUCUCUCUCUCUCUCUCCCUGCCGGCCAUAUUGACACUCAGAUUUGCAUCAACCAGCAGCAGCAGCAGCAGCAGCAGCAGCAUGUCAGUAGUAGCAGGAGUAGUGAAUGGUCACUCGUAUGUGGUGACUACUUGGACUAUCAGGCCGCCCUUGUAGUGUGCUGGACUAUUGGUCAACAAUGAGCCGAGAAAGUUACGUGGUACAACUAUUUCGGCGAUAGUAUUGGCUGUAAGUAGUAGUAGUAGUUGUAGUAAUAGUAGUAGUAAUAGUAGUUAUGCGUGUAAUGUCAAUAUGGUCCAUUUUGUAACUGUAAUUGGAAAGAUUCUCGACUUUGUGUUUCUUAAAAGCGUGACGUAAUUAGAGAAAACGUAUGUAUUUUAAGGGACACUAGCCUGUACUUCAUUAUUCCUGUUUAUUGCUAUUAUAGGAGUUUCUUGAUAGUUUUACUUGUAUAUACUAUUUAAAUCUACUAUUCUAUUUAUUAUGUGUAAGUGGGAGAUGUCAGAGAAAGAGCCAUAUUUAUAAUUUUCAUAUGUAA